GUCUUCAACGGAGAAGUGAACUUUACGAAUACACAUAAUGGAAUGAAACGCAUGAAAUUCUGCCGUUAAAGAAAAGGUGAACUACGCAUGCUCAAACGAUAACUCGAUGAGCUCAGGAUCAUUUGUAAAAUGAGUAUCUCCAUCCAAGAACGGUACUUCAGUUUGAAUAGAAUUCUAUUGCUCACUGUUGGCUUAUGGCCUUAUCAACAAUCAAAGUUUGUUUCAUGUCAGGCAGCAUUGUGUCUUGGCAUUUUGACAAGCUUUGUCAUAUUACUGCUUUCAAGACUUUGUUUUCUAGAAUAUUCCUUUGAUUUUACUAUUCAUUUGCUUUCUGCAUCAACGUAUUUUGCUUUCAUUUUGAUGAAUUAUAUCUCCUUUUGGAUUAACAUAGAAACUAUACAAUAUUUAUUGGAGCAAUUUCAAUACAUCUACAAUAGGCUAAAGGAUUCGAAAGAAAUUGCUAUCUAUAACAAAUAUGGGAACAUUGGAAAACGUAUAACAAUCAGCAUUACAGUAGUUGGAAUAUGCAAUCAUGCUUAUCUUGCUGUAAUACAAUGUGGACCAUACAUUUUGGAUAUGAUUAUGCCCAAAAAUGAGACCUACUCGCGCCGCUUCAUACUAGUUAUGUCUAAUUACUUCGCCGUACAAGAAAAAUAUUUUUAUUUAUUUCUUCUGCAUCUAAACGCAGUUUUUGCUGUAGGAUCACUUGCACUCAUAGCCGUAGCAACAAUGCUGUUAUCAUGUCUCAAACAUAUCUGUGGAAUGAUGAAAAUUGCUAGCUACCGCUUUGAACAAGCAAUACUGACUAUGUUACAAAGUAUUACUUUAAAAAAUAAAACCAUGACUUACAAGGAGUUUAUCUGUGCCGUGGACAUUCAUCGCAAAGCUAUGGAGAUUGCCAAAAUUUUUGUGGACGACAUGGAACGAUCACUUUUCAUUGUUACAAUGAGUACUGUGCUUUGUAUGAGUUUAAAUCUUUAUGCAUUAUCUCAAGGUGAAUCACCUGUGCAAGAAAUAGAAAGGACAAUCGGACAUCUUCUUCUCAUCAUUUUUCUUUUUACAUACAUGUUUAUAGCCAACUACGCUGGACAGGAAAUUACGGAUUCUAAUAAUCAUAUAUUUCUUACGGUAUACAAUGCUUCAUGGUACUUAGCACCGUUGCAGAUACAGAAGUUGAUCUUGUUCUUAUUACAAAGAAGUAACAAAGCUUUCACAUUGAAUCUCGGUGGAUUAUUCACAUUAUCUAUAGAGUGCUUUGCUUCGCUAAUAAAUGCAUCAGUAUCUUACUUCACUCUUAUGCUAUCUUUGUAAUAAUAGUAAUGAAAAUAUAACACAUGCAAAUAGCGCAUAUUAGAAUAGGUAUAAAACUAGAUGAAAAUGCCGACAUUCUCUUAUUCAACUGAGUUUAAACAAAUUAAUUAUAGGAAGUUGAUACAAUCAGAUAAGCUGACAAAACCAAAUCUGAAGUGUUUUAUACUAUUGAAUGUAUAAACUGUAUCAUUCGAAUAAAAUGUGCGAAUAAGAAGGGAUGUAUAUGAUAUGGUGAUGAUUAAUAUAUGUGAAAUAUGUAAAAUAUUAUAAUAAUUUAAAUUUUAAGUAUGUUAAUAAAUUAUUUGAAGAAAUAAAUUAAAUACUAAAUAGUCAGUGAUCGUGCUUGUGAAGCGAUAUUGUAAACCAAUAAGGAAAUGUAUGGUAUUAAAGCAAUAUAUGUUUA